UUCAGCACACCAAAACAAAAACCCCUUCGAUGAGACUGCAAACCGCAUCACAGCUGAGUGGAUCUCGGGGUCCAUUUACGUCGCCAAGUGCAUUGCAGCUUUAACCGGUCCAUCAUGCCUUGCGGUGUCCCAGUUCAGUACCGAUGUGAUUCACAACAAGCUCUGUGGUCUUCCUCAGUGUCGGGCAGAGCGGUAGGCGAACAGAGCAGAGCCGCAUGUUGGAAAGCCAUACGUCGGAUGUCCAGUUAGCGGACGGACGCGUGUUUACAUCCACGCGGGGGUCUGUAGAGGCGGGCGUGUGCGCAACUCUGCUGCAGGAGGCAGCGCGGAAUUAACAGGAAUCUCCCGCAAGUGGCCCGCAUAGCAUGCAGGUUAAAGUAUACCGGAUUUCAUCCCGAGGAGAGACACAGCACAACAGGAGAGUUAUUUUGAAAUGCUCUGACACACAGUGAUCUGCUGCUGAAAAUAGGAUGGGCAGGAAACAUUAAUAGCUCCCCCUUGUGGUGUGGAGGAAUGAGGGCCUCUGGAUGAAGGCCAUGGAGCUGAAAGUCUGGGUGGAUGGAGUGCAGCGCAUUGUGUGCGGGGUCACGGAGUUCACCACAUGCCAGGAAGUGGUCAUUGCUUUAGCACAAGCCAUUGGACGCACUGGCAGGUACACUUUGAUCGAGAAAUGGCGUGAGACAGAACGACACCUGGCUCCGCAUGAGAACCCUGUGGUGUCCCUCAACAAGUGGGGUCAGUAUGCCAGUGAUGUCCAGCUCAUUCUUCAACGAACCGGCCCGUCCAUUAGCGAGCGGCCCACCUCUGAUGGACGGGCUCGCGUCCCAGAGCGCAGCUUCUACCGACAGAGCCUGCCACCUCUGGCCAAGCUCCGUCCGCCAGGGACAGACCGCUCGCUCAAAAGAAGGGAACCCAAGCGAAAGUCUCUGACCUUCACCGGAGGGGCUAAGGGUCUACGGGACAUAUUUGGGAAGAGCAGAGAUGCUGAAGCCAAACAACCCCAGCAGCAGGGUGUGAGCCUGAACUUGCGCAGGGUUGGAGGUGUUGGAGUUGCAUCUGUACCUGGGAGUCCAGCCAAAGAGCUGAGCCGGCUGGUGCAGCUGCAGAGAGACAAACUCCAGGCCCUGGAGAGCCGUCUGCUGGGCUGCGAGGCCGAGAUGCGAGAUUGGGAGGAGUCUGCUGGCGAGACCAAUGAACAGGGAGGAAACCUGGAGGAAGAGCUGCUGCUUUUAGAGCAGCAGGUGAGGAGGAACGAUGCAGAGAUAGAGGAUGAGGAAUUCUGGCAGAACGAGCUGCAGAUCGAGCAGGAGAGCGAGCGACAACUCCGGCAACAACUAGCUGAGCUGCAGGGUGGCGUGCGCGACUGUGAGGCCAAGCUUUCAGAGUACUUAGCACGCAUACAGAGCAUGGAGGCAGGCCUGGAGCAGGAGCGGCUACAGCAGGAGGCCGAGCUCCACCAGAAGGUCAAUGAGGAGGAGGUGCAAGUACAGCUGGAGAAAGUGAGGGCUGAGCUGGAAAUGCAGAGCCAACACACAGCACGGCUGGAGAACAGCUGCAGGGCGUUGGAACGCUCACUUGGCCAGUCCAGCAAGAAAUUACAGGAAAAGGAGCAGGAGCUGGAACAGCUGACAAAAGAACUGCGACAGGUCAACCUGCAGCAGUUCAUUCAGCAGACUGGUACCAAGGUCACCGUGCUGCCUGCUCAACCUGCAGGAGAAAACAACAGCAGCAACGAAGUUCAGUCUGGCUCCCUGAAAAGACCUUUCUCUUCCCGCCUCUUACCCAGCGACCUUCGCACUCUUCAAAGUACCGUCUCCUCCAGCCUCAACCCAGAGGGCAUCUAUGUCUGACUCCAGACUGUGGCCUGGAGAUAUUAUCUGAGCAGCAGGGAGGUCUAAUAUUACCUGAACUGUUCCUAAGAUUGAAAUACCCACAAACAGCCCCUCCAAACUGCUGGCAUGCUCAUGAGUGAGACAAAAUGCAAACAAUACAUGGAUGGAGGAUGACUGGGAAGCCUCAAAAAACAAAUAAAAGAAGACUUUUUGUUUUGCAUCUUUCCAGGCCUGCUUCCUCUUCCAUCUCACAUGUGCAAAUUAACAUUUAAUCAACUGUCUGGGUGAGUGAAGAUUCCUCUUAAGUCUACAAAAGCCCAGUUUUCUCUGAAAUAAAAAAAAAACAAAUCUACAAACCAGCAGAUGUAUUUUUGUUGAGUGAGGACACACAAACAGUGCAGAUAAACGUUUAUGUUUUUAUGUUGUAAAUAAUGAACUGGAGAGAAUUUCAUAAUGCAAAAGUUGGACACAUGUAAGCAUACUUCAUGCUCAAGCGUGCACAAGCACCAACACCACACCUGUGCUAUGAACACAGCCAUAUCUGAUUGCCUUACUCUGAUUGUCUAAUGUUAAAACAGAACUCAAGGUAGCUACUGAACUAUGCGCCAUAUAAGUAAAGAAAACACCAAUUCAGGUGAUACCUAGUUAUGGUAACUGAUGUCAAUGUAAGUCAACAUCGGCGCCUUUUUCUUUGUCAUUAGUUUGAGGGUUUAGUAUUGAUAUUAACUGGAAAUAAAUUCACAUUUCCUGUGUUUG